UGCUGAGAUGGUAUGGUGACUAGUGUUGGGACGCAAACCUCUGGUGUCUGAGAAUAUGUUAUUCUGCAUAGCGAAGGACCAACAUUCAGUAGACGACCCACUAAACUCGUAUUUGAGUGGAGGCUAAAUUUAUUUGAAUGAUUUGAGUGUUUUCUUUGCUACAUUUCUCUGAAAAUCUCCUACUCCUGGCUGCGCCGCACUCACUGUGGCAUUUCAGCGGCUCGAUGGCGCCAUCUUGUGCCCGAUAGAGCGUCAUGUCUGUGGAAGGAGAGUGAAGCCUCCGACGACCUGCCGGUUGUUUGUCGGACGGUUGACGUGAAGCUCGGUGAAGUCUGCUGCUGUGGAGUUACAGAUAUUCUGUCACAGCUUGUAUUCCGCAUUCUUCGGUGAGUCAAGUGAUAGAAGAGACACUUUACAAACCAAAGUCUACCAAGAACCAACAGACCCGAAGCUAGCAGCUCUAAGUUCUGCUGGUUGCCUACACGAAGUGAUCAUUAACAAGUUCAGGAUGGACAGGAAGAAGUGUUGUGUUCAGCUGUCAGUUCAUCCGUCCAGAGGGCUGAUGGAUGAAAAGUUCAUUGUCCUGGUUCAGAAGGUUCUCCCUGGUUGUCAGCUGACUGUCCACGCCCUCCACCAGUGUGAAGACGGCAACAGCUGGGAAGCAUUCGGUCACUACACGACCGAUGCCAGCGGGACUGUGAACGUUUCACAGGAUACCAGUCUGGGUGGGACAUACUCUGGGGUUGAAGCGAUGGGUCUACUGUGGAGCCUCAGACCAGUUCCAGGCAGCAAACCAGGGCUCAGGUUGAGGAAGAAGAACGUCCAGACUCCCAUGGAGGUCACAAUUUCAGUGUACCAGGGUCACCAGACAGAGGGCUUUGUGGAUCAGGUGCCGCUGGCCAGUGUGUUGGUGGAGCGUUGGUACAUGGCACCUGGUGUCCGCAGAAUCCCAAUCACAGAGGAAGGACUCACUGCGACCCUCUUCCUGCCUGCAGGACCUGGACCUUUCCCCGGCGUCCUGGACCUGUGGGGGGGUGGAGGGCAGUUGGUGGAAUAUCGUGCAGCACUGCUAGCCUCCCAUGGCUUCGCCUCUCUGGCCCUCGACUACCUUACAUGUAAAAUCACCUUGGAAACUGGAAAGAUGGUGGACAACCAGUACUUUGAGACAGCCUACAGAGUCCUACAGCAGCAUCCUCAAGUCCUCGGCAGCAGGAUCGCCAUGUUAGCCCUUUCCCUUGGCACCAGUAUUACAUUGAGAAUGGCUGUUAACUCCCAGGUUAUAAAGCUCAGAUGUGCAGUGUGUAUUGGGGGGAGUCACGUGCAGCCAAGUGAUGGAUCUGUGAAAGAAAUACUGACUUAUUUUAACAGAAAUGGCUCAAAAACUCGCUUCAGUGAGAAGAAUGAGGUGAUUUGGCGAGAUUUGCUACUGCCCAUCACCACUGACCCCUCAUUCAAAGUGGAUAUGGGACGACUACAGUGUCCUCUGAUGUUGGUUGUAGGUGAAGACGAUCAGAACUGGGCUGCUUAUGAUUCUGCAAUGGAUAUAAAAGAGAUGAUGGAGCGAGCAGGGAACAGCCACCUGCUGACCAUCCUGUCGUACCCAAAAACAGGUCACCUGAUUGAACCACCAUACACACCACACUUCCGAGCCAGCAUCUUCAGAAAAGCGGACACACAUGAGAAGAUCAUGGUUCUGUGGGGCGGACAGACAGUGGAACAUUCUCAUGCUCAGGAGGACGCCUGGAAGAAGAUGUUGGUCUUUCUGAGGGAGAAUCUGUAUGGCGGCACAAACCCUGGUGCAACAUUAUUAUCCCACCUGUAACCAAGGUGACAGCUAAUGUCUUCAGAGAUCCAAAGUGAAGUCAAAAUUCCAAUCUUUUCCUCAAAGACAAUGUCAGGUGACGCACAGUGGAACACUGCUAAAGCUAUCCGGGCUGUAGUUGCUGUUCAGGUGAUAGUUCUCUUUCGGCUCAACUAUACAAGUGAGCCUUGUCUCAGUGUUACUUUGUCUUGUGAUACAUUUUCAUAACUAUUAUUUUUUUGGUUCAAUUUUGAUGAAUUCAUAAGUUAUGGCUCCCCUGGUUUCUUUUCCAUGGCAACAACCUAUGAGUUUUAUGGGUGUUGCAGUAGAGACCUAUCUGCCAGAUUAUCCAGGAAAGUCUCAUAUUUGUUAGGUAGCAGUGGGAAGAUCAGUUCAAUAAGAACAUAAUCAAACCAGCAGAGUUUAUACACAUAGGAUUUGCAGCUGAACCAACGCUUUUUGCGAGAGACAGCACAGAGUUUUUGGGAAAGCAUUACAAAAUCAGAAUGUAAAAUGAGGAAAUAAUGCUCUCUGAUUGAAAGACCGCAUUUUUCAAUAAAGAUGGGACAGUAACUCAA